AGCCCCGUAAUUUUCCAUCUGAAAAUCUUCUUUCGGAAGCAAGACUGAAACUUGAAAAACUGGAGAACAAGGAGAAACAAGAAAAAACAAAAGAAAACUCAAAAAUCGGAAAGAAUAUUUGAAAGAAAAUUUUAGAGCUACGUUAUUCUUAGGUAAAAUGAACUCCAGCAACAGCAACAGCAACAAUGGCCAAAGCAACAGCGGUAAGAGCAGCAAUUUCGAUAAUUUAAACCAAGAUCUCGGUUUACACUUCUUGGAGUUGGCUCGGAUCGGCUCGUCUAAGACUCCGGUCGAGAUGGAGGAGGAUGAGGAGGAGGCACCCAAAGAGCUCAACACAAUAAAUAGCUCAGGAGGGUUCUUGGUUGUGGCGCCAGAUAAGUUGUCGGUGAAGUAUACGAGCGUAAGCCUCCAUGGCCACGAUGUCGGUGUGGUUCAAGCCGAUAAGCCGGCUCCAAUGAGGCGUCUGCUUUAUUACUUCGAGAUUUAUGUGAAGGACGCUGGGGCAAAGGGACAGAUAGCUAUUGGGUUCACCAAUGAAGGCUUCAAGAUGCGAAGGCAACCAGGGUGGGAAGUAAACAGUUGCGGGUAUCACGGGGAUGAUGGAUUGCUAUACCGUGGGCAAGGAAAGGGAGAUGCUUUUGGUCCAACAUAUACAACGGGAGAUACCGUUGGUGGUGGCAUCAACUAUGCUUCGCAGGAAUUCUUUUUCACUAAAAAUGGGGCAAUAGUAGGAACUGUUAGCAAGGAAAAGGAAAUGAAGGGACACUUAUUUCCCACAAUUGCUGUUCACAGCCAAAAUGAGGAGGUUCAUGUCAACUUUGGGCAAAAGAAGUUUGCUUUUGAUGUGAAGGAAUAUGAAGCUCAAGAAAGGUUGAAGCAGCAGAUGACUAUUGAAAAGAUAUCUCUACCACCUAAUAUUAGUUAUGGACUUGUUCGUUCCUACUUGCUACAUUAUGGCUAUGAAGAUACACUCAAUUCAUUUGAUCUGGCUAGUAAAAGCACUAUCCCUCCUAUCUGUAUAGCUCAAGAAAAUGGCUUUGAUGAGCAGGAUGUUGUGUAUGCACUAAAUCAGAGAAAGACUAUACGGCAGCUAAUCAGGAAUGGUGAGAUUGAUGCAGCUAUGAACAAACUCCGUGAUUGGUAUCCCCAGAUUGUUCAGGACGACAAAUCAGUUGCAUGCUUUCUGCUGCACUGCCAAAAAUUUAUUGAAUUGAUUCGGGUUGGAGCACUGGAAGAGGCUGUCAAGCAUGGAAGGAUUGAAUUAUAUAAAUUUUUUGGGUCGGCUGAAGCUGAUGAUCCAUUUGACGAUUUAGUUCAGAAAUGCGUUGCUCUGCUGGCAUAUGAACGUCCACAGGAAUCCCCUGUUGGACAUCUUCUCGAAGAGUCACAUCGAGAUGUUGUGGCGGACACAGUUAAUGCAAUGAUAUUGUCAACAAAUCCCAAAAUGAAAGACGUGCACGGCUGCAUACAAUCUUAUCUUGAGAGACUACUCCGGCAGCUAACAGCAUGCUGUUUGGAGAGAAGGUCAGCAAAUGGCGGUCAGGGUGAAACUUUCCAUUUGCAUCGGCUUCUUAAUAGCAGUAGAGAGACAUAAGUGGUAGCUGACAUAUGUGUAAAUUUGCAUCCCUCAGCUGUUCUUUAAAUCUCUUUUAUGUCCAUAUCAUCAGUAGCUUCAUAAGAAUUUCUAAGUGAUUUCAUUGGUUAUAGAGAGUAGAGCACCCCCUUCCCCUUAGGGUUCCUAACAAAAAAAAAUGAUUUAUAUAAUAUUUUUCUAAAGAUGGGGUGUUUCUCCGUAUGUUUGUAAGCUUUUCUUCACAAACUUAAAGGCAAAGUUUCAAGAUCUUCUGAAUCCAGGUGAGGCUCACUUGAAUCA